AUGAAGUCUUCUUUGAUUGUUCUCGCUGCAAGCUUCAGCUUUGCAUUUGCCCAAAACAGUUUCUGUCCUGGAAAUGCCAUCACUGUGACGAUUACUCCGACUGUUACGAAGACUUGCGGGGGUACCAUUUAUACAACAACGACCCUGAAAGCGACCACCGUCACAGUUCCACCUUCAGAAGCCUCCCACUCCAUUGUAACUGUAGCUUCGACCCUUUAUCUCACGCCAUCUCCAGUUGCCGAGCUUCCGUCGUCGUCCAUUCUUGAGGCCGCAAGCAGCGCCAGCCCUCUGAUUUCGUAUAAAGCAUCGUCCGCUGGAACCCCCACCACACUCUCAUUCGUGUAUGCCUCCACAGCAGCGGCAGGGCUUGCUGGCAAGAAGGAGGCAGCGCACACUUCGGUUUCGAAACUAGCCUCUUCUUCCAUCAAGGCUUCCACUUCCGUCAAGGCCUCAUCUUCCAAGGUUUCUUCCGCCGCUGCAGCGGCUACACCAUCUUCAAGCAGCGACAAUGCAUUGGGUGGUAGCAACUCUGGUCAGGCAACAUAUUAUGGAGAUGGCAGCAUCUCAGGCGGCAUGUGCUCCUUUACCACAUACACUCUUCCUUCUGGCAUUUUCGGGACCGCCCUUUCAGACUCAAAUUGGGAUACCGCCGCGAACUGUGGUGCAUGUGUCUCUGUGACCGGGCCAAGUGGUAACUCUGUAAGAGCGAUGAUUGUAGAUCAAUGCCCAGGAUGCGGCCUCAAUCACCUAGACCUCUUCCCCGACGCUUUCUCUGCCCUGGCCGACCCGAGUAAGGGCGUUAUUGACGUAUCGUGGAACGUUGUGCCUUGCGACAUCACAUCUCCAAUCACCCUCCACAACAAAGACGGAGUCUCUGCGUACUGGUUCUCCAUGCAAGUUGUCAACGCAAACGUUCCUGUGAAAUCCCUCGAAGUAUCUACCGACAACUCCGUCACAUGGCAGGCCACUGAGCGCCAAGACUACAACUUCUUCCAACAGGCUAGCGGGUUUGGCACCACUACGGUCGAUGUCCGUGUCACCAGCACUACAGGCGAAAAGAUCAUUGUGAAGGGUGUCAAUAUAGCGAGCGGGGCGAGCACUGAAGCGAGCUCCAACUUCUCUUCUUGAGUUCGGAGCUCAUCCUAGAGAACAGUCAAAGCUGUUGAGUACGGUGUCUUCCAGCUACGAUAACAGAUCAAGUCGUUUCUUUUGAUUUACGGACCCAGGGGUGUCCGGAAAAGAUCGUAUUUCCAUUCUCAUGUAUAUAUACAUCUAUUGGCCCAAGCCCAAUUUCAUGAGGGAGCGCAGAGUUGCGCCUUCAAAUUUAAGCUAGCAUUCGCUAAUCUAAGUCCAGU